AUGGCUCCCACCGAAAUCAUCAACUCCGCUCCAACCCUAUUCGACGCCAGGGGUCCAGUUUCAGUCGUACAUGUCGAAGACAACCAUAACGAGACUCUUGGUUCGGUCAAAACUACAAGUGGAAGCACUCCUGUCCACAUGCCCUCGACAUUGGCCGGACCACUAGUUUGGACCGGAUCGGAUUACCCCGGCAGUAACAGUUACUCUCUCCGUCUGACUCCUGCCGAUGUUGAACAAGUUGAAAAGGCUCUUGAAGCCUUCAAAGCCCUCGGUCUUGAUGGAGAUGAGGUCGCAAAAUCAAACUUCCCACUGCCCAAUCUGACGAAACGGCUAGAAGAAUGUUCAGAUUCUCUUUAUAAUGGACGAGGAUUUUUUGUUGUCAAGGGAAUUGAUAUGACCCGCUACUCUGUUGAAGACGGUGUUGUCAUAUAUCUCGGUAUCGCGAGCCACAUCGGUGACAAGCGAGGCAUUCAAGACCGACAAGGAAACGUCCUCACACAUAUUACCAGCUCCAAAAUGUGGGACGUGCCCCUGGAGAAACGACACGGCAUUCAUUCCAAUUCGGCUUUGCCCUUCCAUAACGACAUGGGUUGCGAUAUUCUUGCCCUCCAGGUUCGCCAAGCAGCCCAUAAGGGGGGUUCUACCUUCAUCAGCUCCACGGCAAGUAUUCUCAGCCAGCUUCUCAAAACGGAGUCCGAAGUUGUUCGGACACUCUUUAAGCCAAACUGGCCAAUCCAGUAUACUGGGCGCACUGCUCGCCACUACCUAGCACCGGCUAUGGUAUGGCACCACGAUCGACUGAUGACAAGUAUGGACCCGAACAGAUUCGGUCCCCAUCCUUCCAUCAGUGGAUCGUCCAUCCCUUUGCUUGACCCAAGCCAGAAAUACGCUCUCGAGAAAGUGAACGAGCUGGCGGCCUCCAUGGAACUACAGCUAGAUCUUGCCCGUGGCGAUAUUCUGUUUCUGAAUAAUUGGGCUUUCCUUCACCGGCGAGACAAAUACGACGAUGAUGAAUUGACGUCACGCCAUUUGGUUAGACUCUGGCUACGGAAUACCGAGCAUGGGUGGCCUGUUCCGUCAAAAAUGAUGCCCCCUUGGCAGACAGCCUAUGGAAAUGAAAAUCAAAGCCGGAUAUACGCCUUGUAUCCCCUGCCGAAAUAUUCUACUCCCAAAUACUCUGUGGGAUCGGCAGCAUUUCUAAUUGAGGAUGACGAUGAUGACAAAUCGGAUUAG